GCAGCAGCAGCAGCGCGAGGAGAGGGAGAAGAAGAGGCUGCAAGAGGAAGACGAAGAGAAAAGGAAGACGGUGGAGAAGCAGCAGCGUCAGAUGAAGUCGCCGGUUCAGGAGUUGACUCGAACUCCGGCGACGAAGGCGGUGGCGGUGGCGGCGGAGAAGGAUAAGAAGACAGCCGCGUCGCCUGUCUCGUCGGAUUGCUCUGUGUCGGGUCGGGUCGCGAGCGACGAUUCAUCGAAUUUGGGUCGGUUUUUGGAGUAUACCACUCCCAUUGUUCCUGCGCAGUACUUGCCUAAGACCAGCGUCAAUGGGUGGAGAAGACGUGAAUCAGAUCGGCAUCCCUUCUUCUUGCUGAAUGAUUUGUGGGAUUCCUUUGAGGAGUGGAGCGCAUAUGGUGUUGGGGUUCCUCUUCUCUUAAAUGGGGGCGAUUCUGUUGUUCAGUACUACGUUCCUUAUCUAUCUGGAAUUCAGCUCUAUGUAGACCCAUCCAGAAUUGGUGCAAGGCCAAGCAUGAGAGCUGGGGACGAUAGCGAUGCUGAUUCGCCAAGGGACUCAGGCAGUGAUGAAAGCACUAACUGUCGAAACAUUGUUCAGAGUUUAAAUGGAAUCUCCUUGGAAGACAAAUCUUUUGUCAUUUCAUCCAGCAGCAAGAGCAAGAUCGGCAUUAAUUCUUCCAGCAGCCUUGCCUUUGAGUACCUUGAGCACGACUUGCCAUUUGGCCGUGAACCAUUGGCUGAGAAGAUCUCUAGCCUUUCAUCAAGGUUUCCAGGUCUCAGAACGUACCGAAGCUGUGAUCUAUUGCCUUUGAGUUGGGUCUCUAUUGCUUGGUACCCGAUAUAUCGGAUACCACUUGGUCAGACACUACAAAAUCUCGACGCUUGCUUUUUGACAUUUCACCUCCUCUCGACUCCCUUUGAAGGCUCAAGAAACUCGAGUACCGUUGUGGGGCCAUCAAAGAUGUCGCUGCCCACCUUCGGCCUGGCUUCCUACAAGUUCAAAGCCUCGAUGUGGGGCCCAGACGGUGAAGAUGCUGUCCGGAAAGAGCACCAGAGAGUGGACACACUGCUACGAGCAGCAGAGGAGUGGCUGAGGCAGUUGCAGGUUAUUCUUCCUGACUUCAGAUUCUUCGCCUCCCAUAAUACUUUGCCCUCGAGAUAACAUAUAAUCAUCUCCUGGGUUCCGAGCUAAUAAUAUACAGCGGCUGUUGUGAACUAUAAUAUAGGUCAUGGAGGUUUGAAUUUUUUUUUGUUUUGUUUGGUGGCCUUUUCCCUGUGGCUGAAUAAGUAAGAGAGAAAAUUAGAGUGUGUUUUCAAGUUACCUGUACAGAAAGUAGUUACUUUGUUUUUACACAUGAAGGUGUUAUAGAAACAUUGGUCAAA